AUGUUGUCAGCUAGGCUGUCUUCCUCAUCUCGGGCGACCCAGUAUGCUGGUCUUACCCGCAGCAUGAUUGUACGAAACAUGAACUCAAAAGUCAAUGGCCCUGUCAUUGGUAUUGACUUGGGUACCACAAACUCAUGUGUAGCCGUCAUGGAGGGAAAGACUGCCCGUGUCAUCGAAAACGCCGAGGGUGCCCGAACGACGCCUUCAGUGGUCGCGUUCACCAAGCAUGGCGAACGCCUCGUUGGUCUGCCAGCAAAGCGACAGGCUGUUGUUAACUCAGCUAAUACCGUUUUUGCUUUCAAGCGCUUGAUUGGUCGCCAAUUCAAGGAUAAGGAAGUCCAGGAUGAUAUGCGUCACUGGCCAUUCACUCUCGUCCCAAAGUCCGAUGGCCGCCCUGCUGUCCAGGUUGACAAUGGAGGAAAAAAGCAAGAAUUUGCUGCCGAAGAACUGUCUUCAAUGGUUCUAUCCAAGAUGAAGGAAACCGCUGAACAGUUCCUGAACAAGAAGGUCAACCAUGCUGUCGUUACUGUUCCUGCUUAUUUCAACGAUGCCCAGCGUCAAGCUACCAAAAACGCUGGUCAGAUUGCUGGACUUGAAGUUCUUCGCGUCAUCAAUGAGCCCACUGCUGCCGCUCUUGCUUACGGUCUCGACCGCGCAGAUAAUGCUGUGAUUGCCGUCUAUGAUCUUGGAGGUGGCACUUUUGAUAUCUCUAUCCUUGAAAUGCAGAAGGGUGUUUUCGAGGUCAAGUCUACCAAUGGUGAUACUCAUCUUGGUGGUGAAGAUUUCGACAUCGUUCUGGUGGAACAUAUCUUGAAUGAGUUCAAGAAAGAGACCGGUGUUGAUCUUCGCGGCGACCAAAUGGCCAUUCAACGUGUUCGUGAGGCUGCUGAGAAGGCCAAGAUUGAACUGUCCUCGACUUCGCAAACCGAGAUCAAUCUUCCCUUCAUUACUGCAGAUGCUGCUGGUCCCAAGCAUAUCAACACCAAGCUCAUGCGUUCUCAAUUCGAGUCUCUCGUUGGCCCCCUUAUUCAACGCACUGUGGAGCCCUGCAAGAAGGCCCUUAGUGACGCUGGUGUCAAGGCUAAUGAAAUUAACGAGGUUAUUCUCGUCGGUGGUAUGACUCGUAUGCCACGCGUUGGCGAGACCGUCAAGAGUAUCUUCGGUCGUGAGCCUAGCAAGGGUGUCAACCCUGAUGAGGCUGUGGCCAUCGGUGCCGCCAUUCAAGGUGGUGUUCUUGCCGGAAACGUGACGGAUAUUUUGCUUUUGGAUGUUACUCCUCUGUCGCUCGGUAUCGAAACUCUCGGUGGUAUCAUGACCAAACUCAUCAGCCGCAAUACUACCAUACCAACAAAGAAGUCGCAAGUCUUCUCUACUGCUGCUGACGGUCAGACCGCUAUCGAAGUCAAGAUCUACCAAGGUGAACGUGAACUCGUUCGUGACAACAAACUCCUCGGCAACUUCAACCUCGUCGGUAUCCCUCCCGCACCCAAGGGUGUCCCUCAGAUCGAGAUCACGUUUGACAUUGACGCCGAUGGUAUCGUUAACGUUUCUGCUAAGGACAAGGCCACUGGAAAGGAUCAGUCUAUGACGAUUGCCUCCUCGUCUGGUCUCUCUGACAAGGAUAUUGAGAAAAUGGUUUCGGAUGCCGAGCAAUUUGCAGAGGCUGACAAGGCUCGCCGUGCUUUGAUUGAGGAGGCCAACAAGGCUGACUCUGUCUGUGCUGACACUGAAAAGGCUAUGAAUGAAUUCAAGGAUCAACUUGAUGCUACUGAGAAGGAUAAGGUUUCAAAGCUCGUCACCGAACUGCGCGAACUCGCCACCAAGGGGCAAUCUGGAGAUGCUUCCAUCACUGCCGACCAAAUUCGUGAAAAGAUUGGCGAGACACAGAACGCUUCCCUCGGCCUUUUCCAGAAGGUUUACGAGAAGCGCGCUGCAGAGAAUUCGUCAUCUGAGCAGCCUGCCUCUGAGAACAAGGAAGAGAAGAAAGAUUAA